CCCCUCCUCCAUCGGGCGCCCCAGCAGACCAUGAGGACCCGUCGGGCUCCGUGAACCCCGGCAGGUGAUGUGAAGGGCAUGGGACUACCCGGAGCGGGCACGGGGGCUGCCCUGGGGUCACGGUGGCACCGAGAGCCACGAUGGCCUUGGCUCAGCUGCUGCUCAUGAACCACUUCCUCGCCGGCGUGUCGCUCCUGGCCGCCGACCCGCCGCUCUUCGCCAACAUCAACGACAUCAACAGCAUCGAGGUGGACGCAGGAUGCCCCUACGGCUGCGUCCGCUGCUCGCCCAUCAACGGGUGUCUGGCCUGCAAGCCGCCCUUCUACCUCCUCCUGCGCAGGGACGGCCCCCGGCAGACGGCGUCCUGCACGAGGGCCUGUCCCAGGGGCUUCUACAAAGUGACCAAGAAGAGGAACGGAUUCUGCGCCAAGUGCACGAUGCGUGGCUGCGCGGAGUGCGACCGACACCACUACUGCUCCUCCUGCGCCGCCGACUUCGUCAACUUCUUCGGGAAGUGCAUCCCCAGCCACCCAGACAACUCCCUCGAGAUGCCUUACACGAGGAAGACUGUCUAUUCCCCGCCCGCGAUCCUCGACACUACGGGGACGCCUCCGGGUGCGAGAGGGACGCGCCCUUCGCACAGGACAGCUGGCUCCUCGAGGACGUCCUCCAAGUUGCCCUAA